UCCCAACCCAUGUGACAACAGUCACCUGAUCCGCUUCCAAUAUGGCUCCCUGGGCCCUUUAGUGUCGCCCCCUACGGGAACUGAGUUCUGCACCAUGGAGGGGGCGGUGUGGGAGCGGCCCUGGUCCCUGGAGGAGAUCCGGAGAAAUAGCCAGAGCUGGUCCCUGGGGGCCGACGCCGGGCUCCUGAAUUUCCUCCGCGAAUUCUCACAGCAAACCAUAUCAAGGACACAUGAUAUUGAGAAGCAGCUGGAUGGGCUGGUUCGUGAUGCAAAAGCUGCAGAUUGUCGGCUUCACAAUGUCUUCAAUGACUUUCUUAUGUUGUCAAAUACACAGUUCAUUGAAAAUAGAGUUUAUGAUGAAGAAAUUGAAGAGCACAUCGUGAAAUCAGAUCCGGGAGAUAAGCCGGAGCCGGAGAAAACCCGUGAGCAGAAAGAAGCAGAGCUGAUUCCAAAAGUGCAGGAGGCCGUUAAUUAUGGUUUACAAGUCCUGGAAAGUGCAUUUGAGCAGCUAGACAUCAAGGCAGGAAAUUCAGAUUCAGAAGAGGAGGAGGUUAAUGAGCGGACAGAACUUAUUUUAGAGCCAAAGGAUCUGUACAUAGAUAGACCACUUCCUUACCUUAUUGGCUCCCAGCUCUUUAUGCAACAGGAGGACGUGGGCCUUGGGGAUCUGUCCAGUGAAGAUACGUCUGUGGACAAUGACCGUGGCAGUAUCAUUGAUAGUGAAGAGGAAGAAGAAGAAGAAAAAGAUGAGGAUUCAGAAGAUUUUGACAACAAUUCUGAAGACGAUAAGAAAAUGCGUUCAGCAUUGAGUGAUGAGGAUGAAGAUAAUGGCUCAGACUUGUUUGGUGAUUCAGACAAAGAAGAUGAUGAAGAGAAUGAUACGUCUACAAAGACCAGAACCAAAUCGUUUGCUGAUGAGCUGGCGGCACGAAUACAAGGGGAUGCUAUUAAUAAGCAGGAGCAGGAUCGCACAUCUAUUUCAUCUUUAGAGGUGAAACCCAAAAAAGAGAGAGAGAAGAAAGAAGCAAAAAAGCCUUUGUCGGACGAGGAAGAUGAUGAUAUAUUUCAACCCCCCAAACUAACUGAUGAAGACUUCUCACCUUUUGGAAGCAAAGGCGGCCUGUUCAGUGGAGGGAGGGGACUGUUUGAUGACGAUGAUGAGGGGGAUCUUUUUGCAGACGCAGAGCACAAAGAAAACAAAAAUGAAGAAGUAAACCAUACGAGUAAAUCAGAGCCAUUGCCUUCAGUCAUAAAAAAGAAGCCACCCAUUGGAGGGGUCUCUCUAUUUCCAGGUGGUGAGGAUUUAUUGGCUUCAUCAGUUUUAGCUGAAAAAGAAAAAAAGAAGCCCUCCCCUCCCGUAGUCGAUGCUACUCAGAAACUGCCAACAAGCUCAAGUUUGUUUGAUGAUGAUGAUGUCCUUUUUGGAGGAUCAGAUGCUAAGAAAUCUGAAACCAAAGCAACAAAAGCCAAGCCUGUGUCAGAUCUGUUUGCUGAGGAUGAUGACCUGUUUGACAAUGUAUCUUCCCCAUCUACAAAGAGUAAUAAGACAAAGGAAUCGGAGGGAAUAAAACCUAAAAGCCUUGAUGUGACGACUUUGAAAUCUCCUGUUGAAAAAUCCAAACCACCGGAAUCUUUAGCUAAACCAACUCGUGGUCUCUUUUCAGAUGAGGACGAUUCUGAGACAGAUUUAUUUUCCACUAGUGAGACUACCGGCAAAUCUAAAGACACUUUGUCUGCCCCAAAGACAACUAAAACCCUUUCUCUGUUUGACGAUGAAGAUGAAGAUCUGUUUGCGCCUGUCCCAGACAAGAAACCUCCUCCUUUCUCUACAAAACCAACCCAGCAAAACUCACCACCUGAGCCUAAGGAUGUAAAGUCUGGGCUUUUCAGCAGUGACAUGGAGGACCUGGCCAGCAUCUCCUCUCAGGAAAAAACUGAACAAAAACAGACCAGUAAAGAUUUGGUGCCUAACCCCAUAGCUAAGGUGGAUAAAGGUGUGAAAAUCAGUCUGUUUGAUGAUGAGGAAGAGGAGGUGGAAGACCUUUUUGCAAUUACAAAAGAGAGCCAAAAGAAGCAUCAGCGUGUGUCCUUGUUGUUUGAAGAUGAUAUCAGCGAUGGAUCAUUCUUUUCUUCUAUUGCCAGUGAGCCGGCAGCUGUGGGUGCAGCAUCUGAUCAGUUGAAACCUUCUGUGUCUGCAAAGCCAGUUGUCCCUGGUGGGAAGGAACCUUUUUUUGUAAAGUCUAAGCAGGAUGUAGAGGACAAAAAGAUGGAACCUAAAACGUCACUUGGUGCGGUUUUGAAUGAGGAGCCACAGUCAAUGCUAAAUGCUGAGAAGCAGAGUAAAGCAAUUCCUGCUGCAAAGCAAAGAGACUAUGACAAUGAAGAUCUGUUUGCUGCUUCACCGCCCACUGAUAAACACUCCAAAGCUAAGGGAAAAAAUGUACUGAGUCUGUUUGAAGAUGAAGAGGAGGAGGGUGCAGCUGUAAAUCAUUCAUUUAAUCGUACACAGAAUGACUCCAGAAAGCCGCCCUCUGACAAGAGCUCACAUGGCAAAAGUACGCGAGUGUUUCAAGAUGAAGAACUUCUGUUUAGUGAUGAGCAACAGAAGGACAACGACCCUGAUUUUGAUCUGUUUGCCAGCACCAAAAAGCAGCCGUCAGAAAAAUCCAACCAAACAAAGCCAUCGUCUGGUGUGGGAUUAUUUAAUGACGAUGAGGAAGAUGACAUCUUUAACACCUCAAAGCCCAAAAAGCCUCCGAAAGUUCAAGAAAAGAAAACCAUAAUGAAAAAAGAAAGUCUUGAUACUUCUAAAGAAAGUGCCGCAGCACCCCACAAAGAGGCAGAUAUCCUAAAGCCAGGAGAUGAUGGGGAUUCUGCAGCUCGUGCUCCAGUUGUGACAAAAAGUGCAUCUUCUCGGAUUGGAAAACUACAAGCAAACCUGAACAUUAACCCAGCUACCAUGUUACCUGGUGCAGUGCCCAAACUGUCAAGCACAUGGCAUACUGCGCCCUCGCAUGUGUCUCCUUCACCAGCCCCUACGGAUGAUAUUGCAGGGUUAUCCACGACAAGCAGAGGUGCAGAGGAAGGAGUGAGCUUUGAAAGUCCUGUGCAGAUUGAUACUCUUCACAGUGCUAAUAAGACUCGAGCAAAGGUUGCCAAUAAAAGACGCCCUCCUACAAGGAUGGGCAGAAAGCUGGCGUCCCAAGACAGUGACACAGACGACAUCAGGGACCAGCCACCCAAUUCCUCAAGCACAAAUCCACAGUCUGCUGAGACUGGCCAUUCCCAGUCAGUCCAUGGGCUAGAGAGGAAUGUGUCAUCUAUGAAGUUGUCGUUGUCAGAGAAUGACAUGCAGUCUGAACCACGCUCAGUACUUGUAGCAAAGCCUUUGACUCCAGAUGUCAACGACUUGUUUGGCAAUUCUGAUCUCUUUGCAAAAAGUCCUUUACCAACAGCAACCACCUCAAAUAGUAUAGAUGUGUCCUCUGCCAUCAACAAAGCUGUGCAGGAGAUUGCAAAGGAAUCUACAGCUUUAGGUGACAAGGGCAGCGAUGAUGACUUAUUCCGGCCAAUAAAACACAAGUCCAAAAAAGCAAUUGAACCUGCUGCUGGUGUCUUGGAUGCUGAUCUAUUUGGAGGUCCAACAUUUCAAAAGAAUGAGUCCAAGUCUGCGAGCAGCAACAUAUUUGAGCAUGAUAUAUUUGCAAGUGAAGACACUAAGCCAGUGAAGAAACCGAAAGGAACAAAGUCGGCUCCAGAACCCAAUCUGUUUGACGAUGAGAAUUUAGAUAUUUUUGCUGAUCUUACACAAAAACCUAAAGAGAAGAAAACUAAGAAAAAGGUGGAACCUAAAUCAAUAUUUGAUGAUGAUAUGGAUGACAUUUUUUCUUCUGGGAGCCUCAAAAAAUCCAAGCCGAAGAUCCAAAAAAAUUUCCCAACAAAAGAAACAAAACUAGACCCAGGAGCCAAUGCAUUUGAUGAUCCUUUAAAUGUUUUGGGCAAAUGAGACCAAAAAGAAUUGAUUCAGUCUUUUUAUACUGUAUGCUGACCAAGUACAACAUAUUUUGUACUAACUAACUCUUGUAUUUGUGAUACAUCAGGGUCUGUGGCAAUCCUUCAGCUUAGUUUUGUCUUGUAACUUCACAUAUAAGUCUAUAAGUGAGAGCUGCUAAUCAUGUAUUAGUAACAGCCUGGACUCCUGCGGAAAAUGAAGGUUUUGUUUUCUUAUAAUAACCCACAGCAAGUGAGGCAGCUUAUACCAGAGACGCCACUGACUUGUGUCAGCUGCACUGUACAUUCUGAAGAACUGGCAACCAGAGGGUUUAUUCUUUAGUCUGCUAAUCUCUGUGGCGGAAAAUGUUUACAUUUCUACAUUCUGUUUAAAUACAAUGUGUUCUGUUUAAUACAUAUAAAACAUUAUUGUAAUGAGGGGCCCUGUGAUUUUGUAGACCAUGCUCAGAGUGGCGAUUCCUCAGCAGCUCUUGUUGGGGCUGGUUUUGCGAUGAUGCCUAUUAUAUUUUACUAGUAGGGCUAUGGCAACGCAAGGAAGCUGAGAUUUGUGGAUGGAACAUAGUUACAGGGUUACGUAUGAUUUUUAAAAAAUAAAUAUAACCCUUUAAAUAAAUAAAGUUAACAAAGACUUUUUAGAUUUCAGAUUCAUAGUAAGAGGUACAAACACAUGUAACUGUUCUCCCAUACAAGAUGUUAAUAGAAUACAUAGAGUUUAAUAUAAUAGAGGUCAGCUCUACUCAUAAGUGCCAUCUAUAUUCACUAAUAAAAAUCACACCAUG